GCGGGGGAGGGACGGCACGUUGAUAGUAAGGAGCUGAGGGUUAGUGGUAGAAGGUGCUUUGUUGUUGUAGGAAGAAUGGGAGUGUCGCUCUCUGCCUGGUAUAUCAACACUGGAAAGAAAUAUUUACUGCUGAUGCUGUGGACGGCAGGAUGCGCGGUGCUGUUCUGGAGAACCUACUACUACUUCAAGUAUGACCCAGGCUUCUAUUACGUCCAUCGAAUGUUAGGGCCAUGGCUCUGCAUCUCGCGUGGCUCUGCCGCCGUCCUCAACCUCAACUGUGGCUUCGUUCUGCUGCCCAUGUGUCGAUCCCUUCUUACGUUACUGCGUCGACUCAACAGGAAGAUAUCUGUGGAAACCAUGCGCCUGGUCCUAGACACAUGCAAGGGUUUUCAUAUAACAUGCGCCUUCUUCAUAUGUAUAAAUGCAGUUAUUCAUUUUGUCGCUCACAUGUUCAACGCCAGGAACUUCUCUCAGUUCUACAACACGGCCAUUCCAGGUGUCAACGGUGCACAUUUCUCAAACCAGGAUCCUCUUCUUGUUGCCAUAACAACAGUUCCAGGAAUCACGGGGAUGUUGAUGAUGAUGAUUCUGAUAAUGAUUGUAACAUCAAGUUUCCGUUACAUGAGGGACACCAACUACGACCUGUUCUGGUACACUCACAGACUUAUCGUUAUAUUCUACAUCCUCCUGCUCAUACACGCCUUAAGGGGACCGAUACGGAAGCAGGUCAACAUUCCCGCUCACACACCCGGAUGUAACGAUACUUUGAAAAUGCCAAUGGCUGAACCGGAACCGGAACCAGAAUAUUCAUUCCACUCCUACCGGUGUCAGGAGGAACCAAAGUUUGACAGUAUUGGUUGCCAGUCCUGGCUGUGGAUAGGCAUACCGCUUCUACUCUACGUCAUAGAUGGUGCUUUCCGUAUGAAACAAAGGGAGACGACUGUAAUUGUCACGGACAUAAUCGAACAUGAUUGUGACGUCAUUGAAAUACAUAUGCAAACGGAUAUGCGCAAACCGUCACCAGGACAGUAUGUGUUGAUUCAAUGUCCGAGACUGUCCGUCUUUGAAUGGCAUCCAUACUCCAUCACAAAGUGUCCAACGAGAGAUCGUCCAGAAAUAUCCAUACAUAUCCGAGCACAUGGUGACUGGUCAGAGAGAUUCAGGACACAUGUUCAGGAUCUGCUUCACGAAGAGCGCGACGAAUCUGUUGAGUCAUUUGAUGAAACAUCUCGGUUAAAGCUGGUAGUUGAUGGGCCGUUUGGAGGGCCUCUCGAUACAGUCCUUCAGAGUCGGGUUGCCGUGUGUAUAGCUGGUGGAAUAGGAGUAACACCGUUCAUAGCCGUGUUGAACCAUGUCAGGUCAAGCAAACACAAGUUAAAACCAAAACGCCUCUACCUACUAUGGGUGUGUCGUUCAUUACUGGAGCUCACCUGGUUCUUAGCUACCAUCAUAUCCACCCAUCAACAUUUAUGGGAUCAAAAUAUGCCUGAUUUCCUGGACAUCCGGUUCCACUGUACGGGUCUGCAAGAUUCACACAUACAGGCAAUUCCCACUGAGCAGAGAGACUUUGUUACCUCCCGUCUACAACGUGGACGGCCUGUUUGGCCCCAACACUUCAGUGAGUUUUGUGCUGCACACAAACGGGCGACUGUCGAUGUGUUUGUUUGUGGACCCAAGGCGAUGAUUGAAGACGUCCAGAAGCUGUGUCUCCGAGGCAACGUAGAAAAGACUAACUUCAUAUUUCACAGGGAAUCCUUCUGAAACAAAAGCAACGAAUUUCCUGAAGCUAGUGUGGUAGAGACCUGUAAAAUAGAUGACGGCAGAAGUCAAAAUCGAUUGAUAAAUGUGCAUGUUUAAGAACUCCGCGAACAGAUGUGAUAUUUAGAUUUUUGAAAGGAGACAGGAGGUCUAGUUCAUAAACACGAGUGAAAAAAUCAUCACAGGCUCACAUAUUUACGUUUCCGUUCUCCUCACGAAACGAUAAUGGUAAAUGAGAGUUAGAACUUCGAGGUUUAGAAGUACCAUGGUCAGGUGUGAAAUUGUUUUUAAUGACCAAAGUUCGGAAUAAUGAGGCCAUGGAUUACUAAGGUCCUAUGUUGUGAAGAUACUGGAUUAGCAAGGUUCAGAGUUGUUUGGUUAAUAGGUACGAAUAUAGCACAAUCUCCGAAACAUCAGAUCCAUACUUUCACAGAUCAGAGCACUUCCACGGGAGUUCAAAUAAACAUUCUGUUCGGAAUAUCAGCGUGGAUGCUUCUGAAUUCUCGGUUCCAAAAGUGACAUCUGGUUGGCUCACAUAGUCGUCAUUCAGAUUGCGUGUUCAAAGUCUGCCCAGAAUUAGCUGACGCCAUCUAUUAAGGGCUCCUUCUUUCACCUAACGUAAUCGUAUAAGGAGAUGUCCAGAGAUCCCCGCUCAUAAAGAAAUCAUGAAGGACGGACAGAUCCGAUUUUAGUGACAUUGGAAAUAUCACAUCGUGUUUCAUUCAUUCGUGACAAAAUUCUGUUAUACAGAAUUCUAUGUUAUGCAGAAUUCUACGCAGACAAUGUACUUUAUUAAGGUACUGCAUUACGUUUAUAAUAUGUUUUGUAAUUGUACGUUCUCUAACUUAGAUUGCCAAUAAAAAGAAGAAGUUU